UUAUUAUUUCUUUACAAAAACAAUCAAAGGCUAGCUUCGAGUGUGUACAAAAUACGGUAGAGAAAAAAGAGGAUAUGCCAAGAAAGACUUUCAUGGGUUCAAUCUCAUCUCCUAAGGUUGACAUCUUCGUCGAUACGGGAAACCCUUUGCUGAAUCACACUCUUGAUGGCUUCUUGAAGAUUGGAACUGUUGCUGCUGCAAAAGUAGCUGUGGAGGAAACUUACCAUGUUGUCAAAAGAGGGAGUGUUUCAAAGCAUAACUUUGAGACUGCGUUAAAGAAGAUGUGUAAAGAAGGCGCAUACUGGGGCGCUAUAGCUGGGGUAUAUGUCGGAAUGGAAUAUGGCGUUGAGAGAGUGCGUGGCACUAGAGACUGGAAGAAUGCAAUGAUUGGUGGUGCGCUGACUGGGGCAGUCGUAUCUGCGGUCAGCAACAGCAGCAAAGGAGAUGAUAUUGUAAUGGGUGCCAUCACAGGAGGUGCAAUUGCAACUGCUGCAGAGUUCAUUAGCUAUCUUACCUAAAGAUUGAUAUUUGACAUAAUUCUGUAUUUUUAUGUGCUGAUAAUACUAUCUCAUCUGCCUUCAAUCUUUUGGCACUGCACAAUGUAUCUUAUAAUCUGAUAAGACCUUCUAGUAAA